AUGGUUUCUUCCGCCUCCGUUGCAGCAACUGAGGAUCCUUCUGCAACCCAUGGCGACACUACUCUCGACUCCUCAUCGAAACCAGCCAGUCCAACCAUGGCAUCUGAUGGGGAAAAAGCCGCCUCAGAUCCCACGUCUGAGGCUGCAUCAGGUCCCCAACCAUCGCCGACCAAAGUCACCGAUGCUGUCGCUGACCCUGACGUCGACGCUGAUGCUGAGGCUGACUCUGAAGCCGAAACGCUCAUUCAGUCGCCAGAGAAGCAGCGAUUGACCCGUGGCGGUACUUCGGCGACGGGUUCUGUCCAUUUGAGGUCUAAAGACGACGAAUCUCCUGGCCGAGAAACCGCCACCGAUUCCGAGAACAAAUCGAGAAAGCGCAAACGUAGUCUCGACCAUACCAAACCCACCCCUUCUCCCUCUUCCAGUCGACACAGCUCCCCCUUAUCAUCUCCCAGAAUACCUAUUCCAUCAGAAGAUAGUGAUUCAGAGUUAUCUAGCCACAUCGAAUUACACAACACCAGAUCGACUCCCCGCAAACGCAGUAGCCACGCGACCGCCGACUCGGAAGAUGCGCAAGAAAAACCACAAAAGAUCCAUGCGCGCAGACGAAGACCUAGUGAGACUCUUUCGCCUUUGAACAAGAAUCGCUCCAAACCCAAUUCCGCCCUCGAUUCAGCCACCCUCGAACGACGCGAAACUCGCUCUGCCACCUACCCCCGCCAUUCUUCCAAUGAGCGAUCUCCCUCGCCCAAACCACCUGCCCGGAGAGAACAUCGCCGAGGCGUCUCUACUCAAUUUACUGUAGGCGACGUCGAAAGAAAAAAAAGAGGCCGCCCUCCAGCCAUCACCACUCGCAGGAGCGGAUCUGCCGACCACCGCGCCCCAUCACCUUCCUCUGAUGCGUCCGAUUCUCCCCAGAAUCAACAGCCCACCUCCCGUAAAUACUCCUCACAUGACUAUGAAGCCAUGUCCCCGGCCAAAGCAAUUGGUCCUCGCAAGAUCCGCGACAAGAACGGCCGCACCCUUUUAAGCAAAGCUUGCAACAAUGGCGAUCUGGCGUCGGCAAAGGCCCGAUUCUCAGAGCGUCCAGAGGAUUUAAACAUGGCCGACAAUGCCGGAAAUACCCCUCUACAGAUAGCUUCGUUGAUGGGGUACGAAAACGUUGUCAAAUGGCUCCUCGAGAGCGACGCCGAAGUCAACACAAGAAACAUCGACAAAGACACACCCCUCAUCGAUGCCGUCGAAAAUGGUCACGUGGAAGUAGUUCGCCUUCUCCUUCACCACGGCGCCAAUCCUCGUUUGGGGAAUGCAAAAGGCGACGAGCCAUAUGAACUUGUUCCUUCCGACGACCCCAACUACAUCGAACUCAGAAAGCUCCUGGCAGACGCACGCGAGAACACCAACAACCGCCGUGUUUCCUCUGACCAAGUCGAUCUUGCCCAGGACAGGAACUCCUCACGGGCUGCUUCUGCUGCUAGUCCCAGGGAUUCUCCGCCCGUGAUCGGCCCUCGAAGUCCUCCAAAUAUGACUCAACGCCGCAGAACCGGACGAAGUGAAUCAACCAGAAAUGAUCUACUGUGGCAGGCUAGCACUCAGGACAAUCUAACUCGCUUGGCGGAAAAGGGUGACGUGCAGGGUGUCGCCAACAUACUCAAUAUCUUGCAAAAAGCGGAACCUGCCUCUCUGAUCGCCGCCGCAAAAGGCGGACAUGAAGAAGUUUUACAGUUUCUCUUAGGCAUGGGCGAUCCUGAUCCUGACCCCGAACCACUGCGUCAUAUGAAGACUGGAUACAACACUCCUAUUCUUGCUGCCAUUGGCCGAGGUCAUCCGGAAGUUGUCAAGUUGCUUGUCGAACAGUCUGGCUUCAAUCCAAGCCGUCGUGUACUCAAGGGAAAGACCUACCAAGAGAUUGCCGCUGAACGUCGAGGGGACCAGUGGCAGAAAGAAGUCGAAAUCCUCAAAGCUGCCUGUGAUCUUUUCUCUGCUGGCAAGUCACGUAAAGGUGGUUCGCCGCGCGUCACCAGAGACUCGGAAAAGGCAAAGAGCCGUGUUGCUCGACGAUCUCAGUCACCUGUCUCCUCCAAGACCAGAAACUCGACGUCUUCGAGUCCAACCUUGACCCAUAAAAGCCUACCCAACAAAUCACCUCCAUCUUCACAAAAGGUCCGGGAUAGGGACACUGGAUCAUCCGACACCGUAGAAAGACGCAAGACUAAUCUGGGACGGAGAGAUGGCGCGGCUGAGUUUUCCGUCGCUGUCAUCUCUGAUCAGGAAAAGACCGUCAACGCCCCCCGCAAGAGCCAUCCGAAGAGACGCAGCCAGAGUGAUCUCCCACAGUCGCCACACCUAGACUCCGACAGUGCCCAACGUCGACGGAGACUGGUCACCGGCAAAGAACAUCGCCGCCGGAAGAGCACUGUCGAGGAGGAGUCUGAUCCGGACGAAAUCAUCACUCCUAAGACCGAACCCAAAGCGACUACUGCCCUCAAACGCUCACGUGAUAGUGCUUCUCCGCCUCCUGCGACUGCAGACGACGGUGAACCGGGACGAAGCGCGGCUAAGAAGCGGAGAACCGUCAUUGAGAGCAGCCCAGAAGAUUCCAGACCUGGGCUAAAGCGGCGGAGUCAUCAAUUACCGUCGCUUACAAACCAACGAAAAGCUGAAACGGACCCUCUAGCAGACGAACAGGACCAUGCCGAUCUUGAAGCAUCUGGCGAUGAUAUUAAGGUUAAGGAGGGCUCUGAUAUCGCGUCCACGUCACCUAAACCUUCUGCUGAAAAUGGCUCCAUGGACCCUGUGGUUCCUGCAGAUGGAAAGAUCAUUCCUGAAGACAAUACCCCUCGGGUUAAGAGCGAACCUGUUGAAGCCGGACCUACGGAAGCGGAGCUUGAGUUACAGAGACAGGAAGAGAAACGAAAGGCCGAGGAGGCUCAAAAGCUCGAGGAAGAAAGAAUCGCCGCGGAGAAGGCAGCCGAGGAUAAACGCCUGGCAGAGGAAAAACGGGUGGCGGAGGAGAAAAGAAUCGCAGAAGAAGCUGAGCGACAGAGGAAGAAGCAAGAAGAGGAGGCCGCUGCCGCUGCCGCUCUUGCUGCAGCAAUCCAAAGACAGAAAGAGGAGGAUGAGAGAGCGGAGCGACUCAGGCGCGAGGAUGAAGAGCGAUUACGGCGGCUUGAAGAAGCAAAACGCCAACGACUCGAGGCUGAGCGGAUACGACGCGAGGCAUUGCCAAUCGUGUUAUGCCACACUGCAUUGAUGAUUGAUAAUAAUGACCCUGUGGUCAGAAGUGAGCCAUGGCUAAGAAAGUUCUUGCCUUUGUUCACGGUCAAGUCAAGUCAAUUAGGCAUCAACGCUCUCCAGGCUCCUUCAGACGAUUUAUGGGUUCCAAGUUUCCAGGUGGCUGGGCUACUCGCGACCAAAGAUCUCACUCUACGGAGUUUCACAUCACUGGAGACGAAGCCUGUGACAUUUUCACAGCGACAGUGUCUGUGGAAAGUCGCGCGAGUCAUGCUGUCGUACGAGUAUGACACCAAUUGUCUGAACACGAGCAUUAAGGAUGCGAAUAGACGCGAGGAAGUCGAGGGCCCAAGGUUCUAUGCCAUGAACGAGCUCUUCUGGGUCAAGCUCUCGGAUUUUGAACAACAAAUUUUCCGACAUCCUCACCUUGCGUCCUUGCGACUGCAGACACAACCAAUCUCGUUGAGGAUCUUUGGGGUCCAACCACGACCUGAUAUCACACCACAAACCAAUGGCUUCUCGGUGCAGCCACCUCCCCGACUCACCAAUGGGAUUGGAACGCCUUCACGUCCACUGUAUAGUAACGGCUACGCUCGUUGA